UAUACACGCAGUAUAUAUAUUUAUGCUAAAUCAAUAUAAACAAAUAAUAUUUUUACAAAUUGUUUAAAAUGUCUGGUACAAAAUUUUCCCCAAAAUUGAUAAUAAAAAAAAAAACAAGACCUCAUUAUUGUUCAGUUUCUGGGUGCCACAGUAAUUCUGGGAAAAAUAGAGAUCUGAGUUUCCAUGCAUUUCCGAGGUUAGACAAACAACAACCUGUCAAAGUAAAAAAUUAUUUCGGUGAUUUUGAUAAAAUAAAUCGAUGUGAUGCUUGGAAACGUGCAUUAAAAAUUAAAACAGUAAAUAAAAGAGCAAUGGUAUGUUCUCUGCAUUUUAAUUACGAUGAUUAUACGAAGACUCUCGAUCCAGCAAAAUCAAGGCACAUUUUAAAAAAAAAUGCUGUCCCAUCAUGUAAUUUACCAACUACUUAUGAGGAGAGUCCAAGAGAUAAGCGAUAUGGCGCUCGUUUACGUCAAAAAGAAAAAGAAGAAAAUAAUAUUGGAAAAAAUUCAAUGGAUUUGGAGAUGAACGUCGAAGAUAAUAAUGUGGACUCAACAGUUGAAUCAGUUUUUACGAUUGACAAAGUAGAUAUAAAUGUCAACGAAAUAGUGGCAUCAACAUCAGCCACCACUUCAACAACUGAGCCAACAUCAGUAACAUCAGUAAAUAGUGUUCAAGCAACCAGUGGAGAUGAUUAUUUUAAAGCUGUACCACGUGCAACCAUUGGUGUACAAGUAUCUACAACUGAUUUUCAACCAAGAUUUAUGACAUUCAUUCAAAACGAGAGACAAUUAAGUACAAUUACUGGUAUAAAUUCAUUUAAAACUAUUGACUGCAUUGUAGAACUUGUAGAAAUAGCUUUUGGGCCACAAUUGAAAAAUAUCAUCUCAACACGAAUGGAUUUAUAUGACCGUGUAAUCAUGACAUAUAUGAAAUUAAAACAAAAUUUUUCAUAUGCUUUUUUAGCAAUUGUUUUCCCCUGUUACACUACAAACAAGUGCAAAACAGUAUUUUAUGAAAUGAUUGAUUUGUUAAGUGAGACGUUAAAAUUCGCAAUAAAAUGGCCAUCUAAAGAAACAGUCUCUAAGAAUAUGCCAUUGUGUUUUGCUGGCUUUGAAGAUGUUCGUGUUGUACUAGAUUGUACUGAGAUUUCUUUACAAAAACCAAAGGAACAGUGUUGUCAAGUUCUGACUAAUUCAACGUAUAAAAAAGUAAAUACAGGUAAAAUAAUGACUGGUAUUUCACCUGACGGUUGUAUGGUAUAUAUUAGCAAAGCCUGGGGGGGAAAAACGUCUGAUACACAUAUUUUUGAGAACAGUGAGUUGAUCAAUUUACUGGAACCAGGUGAUGCAAUUAUGGUUGAUAAAGGUUUUUUCAUUGAUGAAAUUUGUGCUGAAAAUCGUUGGAAACUCGUUCGACCUCCAUUUUUGAGUAAUAAAAAACAAAAAUUAUCAAAAGCAGCAGCUGUUGAAACUGCUCAAAUAGCUAAGGCAAGAGUUCAUAUAGAGCGAUAUAAUGCAAGAAUAAAAACUUUUAAAAUCGUUGAGGAUACAAUGCCAGCAGGCCUUGUAAAAUAUUUGGAUGAGAUUUUUUUGAUUAUUUGUGCUACAAUUAAUAUUUCGUCUCCAAUUUUGAAAGACAAACACUUCAUGAAACAAAAUGAAAUGACAGAAUAAAAAGAAAAUUCUGUAACUAAGUAGCAUAGGAAAAAUUGAUAAAUAUUGAUUUGAAUAAGUAAUAAAAUCUAAAAAAUUAGAAAUAUAUAUUAGUUUGAUUAAGCAAUUAAAUUGCAGUAAUAAUGUUCAAAAAUUGUUGAUUAAUAUUGCUUUUGAUAAGCAGUAAAAUCGUAGAGAAAAAAUAAUUUAUUUUUCAAUGUUGUUAACAUUAGUUUUAAAGAAACUUCAUCAAUUAAUACCUCAACAAUAAAAAUAAAUAAGAAGAGCUCAUGAACGAAGUUUUUUUUACAUUGAGUAUUGCCAUUUCAAGGCGAUAUUUCAACCGAUACAUAUGUUAAUAAUAAUAUAUAAUAAGAAUAAUAAUAUAUAUAUAAGA